AUGAAGCUCUUGUUUCUCCUCAGCAUCACGUUCUUCUAUGGGAUUGGGAUAUUUCUGUCUGUGCUGGGAAGCCUCAGGCACAGAAAUGAUAGAAUAAGAGAAGUUGAUCAGUGCUGGGUACAGCCUCCAUUAAAGUAUUGUAUGAGAAGGUGCACUAGAAUUCAGAGCUGUUCAACUCCAAAUUAUACAUGCUGCUGGACCUUCUGUGGAAACAUCUGCUUGGAUAACGAUGAGCCCUUUAAAACCAUGAUGGGCCCAAUGUACUAA